CUGUGAUUAAUUCAUAUCUUCUUUUAAUAUCAUUUGUAUAAAAGUAGUCUUAUUGUACACAGUUGAUACCUAAUGUUGUUUACCCAAUUAAUCCAUAAAGAACAGAUUUAAUUAAAUAUUUUAUUGAAAGAAGAGUUUCCCAAGCAGUGAGAAUUCACAUAAUUAGAUUGACUGAUGAUUAUAUUGAAUUAAAAUUUAAUUGGUACAUCAACAAAAGCAGUAUGGCCUUAAAAGGAAUCAAAGUUUUGGAGUUAGCUGGUCUCUCUGCAGGGCCCUUCUGUGGAAUGAUUUUGGCAGAUUUCGGAGCAUCUGUUAUCAGAGUAGACAAGAUUGCAGCUCAAACAUUAGAUUGUUUGGGCCAUGGAAAGAGAUCGAUAGCAUUAAAUUUAAAAUCUGAGGAUGGUAUCAAUAUUUUCAAAAAAUUAAGCGACCAAAGUGAUGUUGUUAUUGACACAUACAGGAGAGGUGUCAUGGAAAAGUUGAAGAUUGGACCAAAGGAACUUAUGACCACAAAUAAAAAGUUGAUAUAUGCUAGAUUAACUGGAUAUGGUCAAAAUGGUUCUUAUGCAGAUAUGGCUGGACACGAUAUAAAUUAUUUAGGUUUAUCUGGAUUACUGUCUUUAUUUGGUCGUCAUAAUGAAAAACCCAUACCGCCUGUUAAUCUGGCCGCUGAUUUUGGCGGCGGUGGUUUAAUGUGUGCUCUCGGAAUAACUUUAGCACUAUACGAUCGAACCAAGAGCAAUGCUGGGCAAAUAGUAGAUGCAUCUAUGGUCGAAGGAUCUGCGUACUUAGGAUCUUGGUUAUUCAGAUCCCAAAAAUUCCAUGGUCUGUGGGGAAAUCCACGUGGCAAGAAUUCACCGAAGAUCUUGUAA